AUGGCGAACAACCAAACUGCGAUCUCAGAGUUCCUCCUCCUGGGCCUGCCCAUCCCGCCACAGCACCAGCACCUGUUCUAUGCCCUGUUCCUGGCCAUGUACAUCACCACUGUGCUGGGGAACCUUCUCAUCAUUGUCCUCAUUGGACUGGACUCCAAUCUCCACACACCCAUGUAUUUGUUUCUCAGCAACUUGUCCUUCUCUGACCUCUGCUUUUCCUCUGUCACAGUGCCCAAAUUGUUGCAGAACAUGCAGAGCCAAGUACCAUCCAUCCCCUAUGCAGGAUGCCUGACACAGAUGUACUUCUUAAUGGUUUUUGGAGACAUGGAAAGCUUCCUCCUUGUGGUCAUGGCUUAUGACCGCUAUGUGGCCAUCUGCUUCCCUCUGCACUACACUGGCAUUAUGAGCCCCAAGCUCUGUUUAUGCCUGGUGGUGCUGUCCUGGGUGCUGACUAUGCUCUAUUCAUUGUUGCACACCCUGCUCUUAGCCAGAUUGUCUUUCUGUGAGGACAAUGUGAUCCUCCACUUUUUCUGUGAUAUAUCUGCUCUGCUUAAGCUGGCCUGCUCUGACACUUUUAUUAAUGAAUUAAUGAUAUUCAUCCUGGGAGGGCUGGUUAUUGUCAUCCCUUUCUUGCUCAUCAUUGUGUCCUAUGUACAAAUUGUGUCCUCCAUCCUGAAGGUCCCUUCUACUCGGAUUAUCCAUAAGGUCUUCUCCACCUGUGGCUCCCACCUGUCUGUGGUGUCACUGUUCUAUGGGACAAUUAUUGGUCUCUACUUAUGUCCAUCAGCUAAUGAUUCUACAGUGAAGGAGACUGUCAUGGCUUUCAUGUACACAGCUGUGACCCCCAUGCUGAACCCCUUCAUCUACAGCCUGAGGAACAGAGACAUGAAAGGUGCCCUGAUAAGAGUCCUUCGCAAGAAGAAAAUCUCUUUAUAA